GAAGCAAAGUUGAGCGAUGAGCAGCACUUCUACAUGUAUGUGUGUGCGCUGCCCCCCCGUAGGUGCCGCUUAACUGAUUAACCGAUUAACAGAUUUUUUUUUUUUUACCCCCUCCCCGCGCAUACCUUUUCGCCAUCUUACCUCUAAAGGUGUGAGAUUAUUACUAGAAACGAAUCGUACACAUGUAGACGAUCAGCUCCAUUAGGUAUUCCAUACAGAGAGGAAAAAAAAAAAAAAAAAACACAGGGAUAUAGGCCCCUUCAAACGAUAUCUCAUACUUUCAUACAAACGAUGGUGCGCUAUUCGCGUGGUUUCCUUUUGUCCCUCUUGGGGGCGCUCAUCACUUUAGUUGGUCAUGACCACGGGGGGGUCUUCUUCCCAGUUGCCAAGUGCAACAUCCGUGUGCUCAACAAAGGAAAGGGGGGGCACAAGACGAGUAGCAAGAAUGUGCAGCACCACCUGGGGGUGAGCAACCCGACGGAGGUGGGGAAAUUCAGCGCAGUUGAGAAGGGGGAUACGCAGGGGGAGGGCAACGUGGAAGACGAGUUGGAGGACAAGCAGGGAGACGAAGCAGUAGACAAAGUGGAAGACAAAGUGGAAGACAAAGUGGAAGACGAAGUGGAAGACGAAGUGGAAAACGAAAAGGAAGACGAAGUGGAAGACGAAAUGGAAGACCAACUGGGAGACGAAGUGGAAGACGAAGUGGAAGACCAGCUGGAGAGCCGAUUCGGAGUAGAAAAGUCCAGAAGCAGCUCCCGAGGGGUAGGACACCUCAGUGAUGUUUCACCACACAACUGGAGAAAAUCAUUUGAGGAUGAAAUGGACGAAGAGAACAACCUACAUGAGCCCCCCUCAAAUCACUUCACCUUUUUCGAGUCGACGAAUGAGAGGGCGAUAAAGGAGGUGGACUCUUUGUCCCAGCCAGACCAGCAGAACCUGCUGCAGCAAAACCUCAAGUGGGUGCAGAUGCCCAACAUCAACAUUUCCUGCAGAGAAACAGGGUGCCCCAAGACGUACCAGAUGUGCGUCCCCUUCUCUUACGACAGCGCAAACUUCGACGGAAAAAGGCUCAUGGAAUUGAUCCCUUCUUCCAAUGUUUCGAGAGUAAAUGGGUUCAGAUUCAGCAACGAAAAUGGUAUAGAGGAUGACAGAAAAUACCUCCUUGUUUAUUCUUGCGUUUGCAAAAAGUUCACUUCGGAAGGCUCCUGUGACGAAUCGGUGGAGUAGCUCUCGCGCCAUGCGCUGGUAAAGCGGUUCUAGCGAGCCUAGCCAUUUUGCACAUUUCGCACAUUACGCUUGC